CUCCCUUCAAGAAACCGGAUCAGUCGAGACAGACUACCUCCCGCACUAGCCAUGCCUCCCAAAUUCGAUCCCUCCGAGGUCAAGGUCAUCCACCUGCGCGCCACUGGUGGUGAAGUCGGUGCCUCCUCCGCGCUCGCCCCUAAGAUCGGUCCCCUCGGUCUUUCGCCCAAGAAGGUCGGUGAAGAUAUCGCCAAGGCCACUGGCGAUUGGAAGGGUCUCCGCGUCACGGUCAAGUUGACCAUCCAGAACCGUCAAGCCCAGGUCUCCGUCGUUCCCUCCGCCUCGUCGCUCGUCAUCAAGGCCCUCAAGGAGCCCCCGCGUGACAGGAAGAAGGAGAAGAACAUCAAGCACACCAAGAGCAUCCCUCUCGAUGAGAUCAUUGCCAUCGCUAAGACCAUGCGCUUCAAGUCCAUGGCCAAGGAUCUGAAGGGUACCGUCAAGGAGAUUCUCGGCACUGCUUUCAGCACCGGCUGCCAGGUCGAUGGUCGCAGCCCCAAGGACGUCUCUGAUGACAUCGAGUCUGGCGAGAUCGAGAUCCCUGACGACGAGUAAAUUUGCGCAACAUGGCACGGAGUAAUGAUGGAAUGACCAAGGCUCAAGGGCUCUACGUAGCUUGAAUGAGGAUGAACCGCUCUGAAUGGGAGUAAUAUCUCAAGAGGGCGUUGCUGCACAGCUCAGGCGGUCCCGGUGUCGAAUGCAAAAGUGAACACUGGAUUACAUGUACCUUAGAUGCAGCUUUUGGAGCAACGAUACCGCG